AUGCCUCCUCAGGAGAGCCCAACAAGGAUGUUGGCCAAGGAUGUCCUUUUCUUAGAGCUCUGUGCCCCGGGGUCGAAGGCGCAGGAGGGUGGCGAGGUAGUGGCUGCAAGGGUCUCCGGGUGGCCAAGGACCCGCCCUUCCUCCGCCGGUGUCCAUCCUGGGUCAGGCCGCACCCCGGAGCGCUGGGCGGGGACGCUGUCCCCCUGGAAACGGGACGCGCGGCCUCAGGGCCGGUCGGGCUGGCUUGUCCCCCAAAGCCACUCACGGUCCAAGAGCGCAAAGUGUGGAGCUGGGAGCGCGGUGGCAGCGGGUCGAAUUGGGCAUUUGGGCGCGCUGUGCGCAAACCCGGCCGCCGACCUGGAGGCGGUAGAAGAGAUGGAACUGGAGGAGGAGGAGCAGGAGGAAGAGGACGAAGAGGCCGCGUGUGCCCGGAGAGCGCGGAGAUGCGCCCUGGACCCUCGCGUGCGUUUCUUGGGCAGAUGCGUGCAGCUGUUGCUGCUGCUCCCGGAGGAGAAAUGGGGCGAGUAUUUGCAGAGCGAGGAGCACCGGCAGGUCCUGGAGGGGUUCCUGGAGAGCCCCGGACGCCUGGUGUUCACCGUCGCUGCCACUAAGAGCUUCGUGGUCUCCAAAGAGAUUCCAAGAGAUGCGAAGCAUAAACUUGUAUAUGUUUCCAAAAAGAUGACUGAAGAAGGUGUGACAGCGAACGAUUUUUCGCAAACAGUUAUAUUUGGAGAGUUACCAGUCUCAUCUCUUGCACACGUAGCUACAUUCGUGGACGAGAUCUUAGUGUCAAUUCUUUCUAAUAAGAACAACCAUAUGUCGUGGUCUCAUUUUGUUUCACAAGACAUGGAGCAUCACAUAGAAAUCAUGAGAAAUAAGAUGCAUAUCUUUAGAGGCAAAAUGUCCAGAAGAACACUUCUUCCAAUACCCACUAUUGCAGGAAAAAUCGAACUGGAUCAGAAAAUUUUAGAAACCUCGCUAGAGCCAAAUGAAAGGACAGUUCUCCAUGCAAUUGAGUCAGUGGUUAUUAAAUGGUCACAUCAGAUCCAAGAAGUUGUAGAGAAAGAUUCAGUGCAGCCUUUGCUGAACAGCGUUUUCUCAAACCCUCAAGCAGAACUGGAUUUCUGGAGCCUAAGGAGGGAGAAUCUGUCCUGCAUUUAUGACCAACUUCAAGCUCCUAUUGUCCUUAAAAUGGUAAAGGUCCUAAAAACAAAGCAAAGCAGCUAUUUUCCAACUUUGAAGGUCAUUUUCAAUGCUGUGAAAAAUGCUCUCCUGGAAGCCCAAGAUGUGGAACUUUACCUGAGACCUCUGAGAAGAUACAUCCAGAGCCUCCAGGAGAUGGAAUUUCCACAGUCUCGGGGACUGAUUGCCCCAUUACUUCACACCAUCUUUCUUAUCUGGAGUCAUUCCAAGUUUUAUAAUACCCCUGCUCGGAUUAUCAUUCUUUUGCAAGAGUUUUGUAAUCUCUUUAUUGACCAGGCAAUAGCAUACCUUUGCCCUGAAGACCUUCUGAAGGGAGAAAUUGAAGACUCCUUGGAAAAGGUGCAAGUGGCCAUUAAAGUCUUCGAGACUUUCAAACACAAUUUUUUCAACUAUAGAAAAGGAUUGGCAAGCUGUUUUGUGGGAAAGGGGGAGCUGAAACUCUGGGACUUCCAGUCAUAUCUUGUGUUUUCCACAUUUGACAAAUUGCUCGACCGUUUCAUAAAAAUAGAGGAUAUAUUUGUCACCAUAUUGGAAUUUGAAAAGUUGGACAGACUGGAAUUUGGUGGUUCUAGAGGAGCGAUAUUAAAUGAACAAAUCCGAGAGAUGAGUGAAGAAUUUACAGAACUCUGUAGAGUUUUUCAGCAGAGCACGUAUGACCCUUCUGACUGCUAUAACAUGGAGUUUGAAAAUGAUUACAGCACAUUUAAGGCCCAAACUUUGGAUUUUAACCGAAGGCUCGGAACCAUUCUUUGCGAAAGUUUUCUUAACUGCAAUGGGUUGGAAGCUGCUUUUAAGCUUUUGACAAUAUUUGGGAAUUUUCUAGAGAAACCAGCUAUCAUGGAAAUUUUCAGCCCCCAUUACAGCACACUUGUGCACAUGUUUGAUGCAGAGUUGGAAAUGUGUAAGCAAUUAUAUAAUGAACACCUGAAACAGAUUGAACAGGGAAAUGUGAUUCUUAACAAGAAUAUGCCAUUUACCUCAGGAAAUAUCAAAUGGGCUAAAGAGGUUCUUGAACGACUGCAAAUGUUUUGGUCAAACUUUGCUUCACUCCAUUAUCUGUUCUUGGAGCAUCCUAAUGAUGGCUUAGUUUAUCAGAAGUAUGUUGAAAUGACAUCUUUGCUAGACCAAUUUGAAAAUCAUAUCUAUCAUGAAUGGAAAAGUAAAGUGGAUAAAAUUUGUGAAUUCAAUUUGAAUCAACCCUUGGUUAAAUUCAGUGCCAUAAAUGGUCUUCUUAGUGUCAACUUUGACCCACAGUUAGUUGCUAUAUUGAGAGAAGUGAAAUAUCUUUUGAUGUUGAAGAAGUCAGACAUUCCGGAUUCAGCACUAGCCAUCUUUGAAAAGAAAGAUACCAUUUUAAAGUACAUUGGAAAUCUUGAACUCCUUGUGCAUGACUACAACAAGCUGAAACAAACGCUCCUGGACGUUGAAUACCCACUGGUUGAAGGUGAGCUAAGGGCAGUUGAUGAGCAGCUGCAGGCAGCGGCGACCUCGUUGACAUGGCAGCAUGACUGCUGGGGUUACAUCGACCAUGUGAGAACAGUCACUUCUGAGCUGGAGCGCAGAGUCGAUCAGGCACAGAGCCACGUGAAGCAGAUCCAGCAGGCCAUGAGGGCCUGGGCCGACUGUCCUUUGCUUCCUAAGAGAGAGCAUAGAAGAGACAUGGCCUUGGUUUGGGAGGACAGAGGUUAUUUGUUUGCUAAAAAAUACAAGCUCAUCCAAGAAGAUGGCCGCAAGAUUCUCCGUUUGGUAGAGGAAAAUAGGAAGCUCUUUAAGGCUGAUCAUUCUAUGGAUACAUGGAAGAUUUAUGUGGAAUACAUCGACGACAUUGUAGUGGAAGGAUUCUUUCAAGCUAUAAUGCACGACUUAGACUUCUUUCUGAUGAAUACAGAAAAACAUGUGAAACCUGCUCCAUUUUUUCAAGUACAAAUGAUCUUAAUGCCCCCUGAGAUUUUGUUUAAACCAUCCUUAGAAAAAGAGGCUGGCGAUGGUUUCUAUGACCUGGUCGAAGAAAUGCUUUGCAAUAGUUUCAGAAUGUCUGCCCAGAUGAAGCGUGUAGCAAAACAUCUGGAAAUAGAAAAUUAUCAGAAUGAUAUGGAUAAUAUGACUGGCCUGGCAGAGGUCCGGCAGGAGAUCAUGAAAAGAGUGUUGGAUGUCAUCACCAAAGUCUUGGAUUUUAGGAAUUCCUUAGACACUUAUGCUUACCUCUGGGUGGAAGAUCGAGCUGAGUUUCUGAAGCAUUUCCUCCAGUACGGUCAGACUCAAUCAUCUGAGGAGAUGGACACUCAUGCCAAUGAUGAAAUUCCUGAACAGCCUCCCACUCUUGAACAGUUUAAAGAACAGAUCGACAUGUAUGAAGCUUUGUAUGUUCAGAUGAGCAAAUUUGAUGACUUUCGAGUGUUUGAUAGCUGGCUCAAGGUGGACAUGAAGCCCUUUAAAAUGAGCUUGCUAAACAUCAUUAAGAAAUGGAGCUGGAUGUUUCAGGAGCAUCUACUGAGAUUUGUCAUCGACAGUCUGAAUGAGCUACAAGAAUUUAUCAAGGAGACAGAUGCUGGACUUCAGAGAGAAUUGAGUAAAGGCAAUUAUAAUAGUUUAGUUGACAUCAUGGGGCAUCUUCUGGCUGUAAGAAGCCGACAGAGAGCAACUGAUGAACUCUUUGAACCACUGAAAGAAACCAUCACACUCUUGGAAAUCUAUGGCCAGACGAUGCCUGAGCAAGUCUACCUUCAACUAGAGGAAUUGCCUGAAAGAUGGGAAACAACCAAAAAGAUUGCAGCCACAGUCAGACAUGAAGUUUCUCCUCUUCAGAAUGCCGAAGUCACUCUUAUCAGGAAGAGAUGUAUUUUGUUUGACGAAAAGCAGGCCAAGUUCAGAGAGAAAUUCAGACUCUAUGCUCCUCUUGGUUUUAAUACAGAAAAUCCAUAUGUCAUGCUUGACAAGGUACAUCAAGAGCUGGAGGCAUUAGAAGAAGAAAUGUUGCAAAUGCAAGAAUCUGCUCGCCUUUUCGAAGUGGCUCUUCAAGAGUACAAACAUAUGAAACAGUGCCGCAAAGAAAUAAAAUUGCUCAAGGGACUAUGGGAUGUCAUCAUUUUUGUUAGAAGAAGCAUUGAUCAUUGGACUAAAACCCAGUGGAGACAGAUUAAUGUGGAGCAGAUGGAUGUAGAACUCAGAAGGUUUGCCAAGGAAAUAUGGUCACUAGACAAGGAAGUGCGUGGCUGGGGUGCUUAUGCCGGGCUGGAAAGGACCGUGAAGGACAUGAGGACCUCCUUGAAGGCUGUCACGGAGCUACAGAAUCCUGCACUCAGACACCGGCAUUGGCACCAGCUCAUACAGGCCAUAGGGGUCGAGUUUUCAGUAAAUGAAGCCACAACAUUGGCAGAUUUAUUGGCUUUGAGGCUGCACCAAGUGGAAGAUGAGGUCCUUUGUAUUGUGGACAAAGCCGUGAAAGAGCUGGGGACAGAAAAGGUCAUUACUGAAAUCAGCCACACGUGGGGGACCCUAGCCUUCUCCUAUGAAGUCCACCAUCGGACAGGCAUCCCGCUGCUGAAAUCUGAUGAACAGCUCUUUGAGACACUAGAACAUAACCAAGUUCAGUUGCAGACACUUCUUCAGAGCAAGUAUGUGGAGUAUUUCAUUGAGCAAGUCUUAAACUGGCAAAGUAAAUUAAACCUAACAGACUCAGUUAUCUUUACUUGGAUGGAAGUCCAGCGAACUUGGUCUCACCUAGAAAGCAUCUUUGUUUGUUCAGAAGAUAUUCGAAUCCAGCUUGUAAAAGAUGCAAGAAGAUUUGAUGAAGUAGAUGCUGAAUUUAAGGAAUUAAUGUUCAAGACAGUUCAAAUAAAAAAUGUUUUGGAAGCAACAUGCAGACCUGAUCUCUAUGAAAAACUCAAAAAUUUACAGUACAGGCUCUCUCUUUGUGAAAAAGCUCUUGCAGAGUACUUGGAUACCAAGCGCGUGGCUUUCCCUCGCUUCUAUUUCAUCUCUUCUGCUGACUUACUGGACAUUCUCUCAAAGGGAACGCAGCCCAAACAGGUCACACGUCAUCUUUCCAAACUCUUCGACAGCCUCGCAGAUCUGCAGUUUGAAGAUGAGUUGGAUGUCUCCGUGCACAGAGCAGUUGGAAUGUACAGUAAAGAGAAGGAGUAUGUCUCGUUCCAGAUGCAGUGUGACUGCCGGGGCCACGUGGAAAUGUGGCUUCUGCGGCUGGAGCAGACUAUGCAGGAAACAAUACGUCAUUGCAUUGUGGAAGCCAUCGCAGCCUAUGAGGAGAAGCCCCGGGAACUGUGGAUUUUUGAUUUCCCAGCUCAAGUGGCACUAACAAGCUCACAGAUCUGGUGGACUACAGAUGUUGGAAUUGCCUUCAGUCGACUAGAGGAAGGCUAUGAAACAGCCCUCAAGGAUUUUCAUAAAAAGCAGGUUUCUCAGUUGAACACUUUGAUUGCCCUUUUGCUGGGAGAACUUCUCCCUGGGGACAGGCAGAAGAUCAUGACCAUUUGUACUAUUGAUGUGCAUGCCAGAGAUGUGGUGGCCAAGCUUAUUUCUCAGAAGGUGGUCAGUCCCCAGGCUUUCACUUGGCUGUCUCAGCUUCGUCACCAAUGGGAGAAUACUCAGAAGCACUGCUUUGUUAAUAUUUGUGAUGCCCGGUUCCAGUAUUUCUAUGAAUACCUAGGAAACAGUCCUCGACUAGUGAUCACGCCUCUCACUGACAGGUGCUACAUUACUUUAACUCAGUCACUGCACCUCACUAUGAGCGGGGCUCCAGCUGGCCCAGCUGGAACUGGGAAAACGGAAACCACCAAAGAUCUUGGACGUGCGCUCGGCAUGAUGGUCUAUGUAUUCAAUUGUUCAGAGCAAAUGGACUACAGGUCCAUAGGAAACAUCUAUAAGGGACUGGUGCAGACAGGAGCUUGGGGCUGCUUUGAUGAGUUCAAUAGAAUUUCUAUUGAAGUUCUCUCUGUGGUAGCAGUACAGGUGAAAAUGAUACAUGAUGCCAUCAGAAACAGGAAAGAGAGAUUUGUAUUUCUGGGAGAAGCUAUCACAUUGAAGCCGUCAAUCGGAAUAUUUAUUACUAUGAACCCAGGAUAUGCUGGCCGAACCGAGUUACCAGAAAAUCUCAAAGCUCUUUUCAGGCCCUGUGCCAUGGUGGCCCCUGACACUGAGCUCAUCUGUGAAAUCAUGCUCGUGGCAGAAGGCUUUGUGGAUGCACGUUCCUUAUCUCGAAAGUUCAUCACUUUGUACACUCUGUGCAGGGAGCUGCUAUCCAAGCAGGAUCAUUAUGAUUGGGGACUUCGAGCUAUUAAAUCUGUUUUGGUGGUAGCUGGAUCCCUAAAACGUGGAGAUAAAAAUAGGCCAGAAGACCAGGUUCUUAUGAGAGCAUUAAGAGACUUCAAUAUGCCCAAGAUUGUGACGGAUGACAUCCCAGUGUUUUUGGGCCUUGUUGGUGACCUGUUCCCAGCCCUGACGGUGCCACGGAAGAGGGCGCCACACUUAGAACAGAUGGUCAGACAGUCCAUGCUAGAACUUCACUUGCAGCCUGAGGAGAACUUCAUUCUUAAAGUUGUCCAGCUUGAAGAACUACUGGCUGUGCGACACUCUGUAUUCGUGGUUGGAAAUGCAGGCACAGGAAAGAGUAAGAUUUUGAGAACACUGAACCGAACAUAUGUUAACAUGAAACAGAAACCCGUUUGGAAUGACCUAAACCCUAAAGCUGUGACAACAGAUGAACUCUUUGGUUUCAUACAUCAUGCCACCAGAGAAUGGAAAGAUGGCAAGUAGAAUCCUCCCCCCUUUUUAGGGCUCUUCUCUUCCAUACUGAGAGAACAAGCAAAUCUUCUGCAUGAUGGACCAAAAUGGAUAGUCCUUGAUGGAGAUAUUGAUCCCAUGUGGAUUGAAUCACUAAAUACUGUCAUGGAUGAUAAUAAGGUACUGACCUUGGCCAGCAAUGAACGUAUAGCCCUGACAUCCUCCAUGAGGCUGCUCUUUGAGAUCCAUCACUUAAGGACUGCAACCCCGGCCACUGUCUCCAGAGCUGGUAUUCUGUAUGUGAACCCACAAGACUUGGGCUGGAAUCCGUAUGUGGCCAGUUGGAUAGACAGAAGACACCAGUCCGAAAAGGCCAAUUUAACUAUUUUCUUUGACAAAUACGUUCCUGCUUGCUUGGAGAAGCUGAGGACAAGCUUUAAAACCAUCACUUCCAUUCCAGAGACCAGCCUAGUGCAGACCAUUUGUGUUCUUCUCGAGUGCUUGUUGACUCCGGAAAAUAUUCCUUCUGACAGCCCCAAAGAAGUUUAUGAAGUCUAUUUUGUCUUUGCUUGUAUCUGGGCAUUUGGAGGUACUUUACCUCAAGAUCAGCUGUCUGGUUAUCAAGCUGAAUUCAGCCGGUGGUGGCAUAAAGAAAUGAAAGCUGUGAAGUUUCCAUCGCAGGGAACAAUCUUUGACUAUUAUCUGGAUCACAAAACGAAGAAAUUUUUGCCUUGGACUGAUAAAAUCCCAGAGCUGACUGUGGAUCCAGAUGUCCCUCUGCAGAAACACCUUGUCCACACUUCAGAGACAACUCGGCUUAGGUAUUUCAUGGAAUUGUUGCUUGAGAAAAGACAACCGCUCAUGCUGAUUGGAAAUGCUGGGGUGGGAAAAACCCUCUUUGUCGGGGACGUGCUGGCAAAGCUGUCUGAGGAUUACCUGGUGUCCCGUGUGCCUUUCAACUACUACACAACAUCUGCAACUCUGCAGCGAAUUCUUGAGAAACCACUGGAGAAAAAAGCCGGUCGUAACUAUGGCCCAGGAGGCAAUAAAAAACUGGUGUAUUUUAUCGACGACAUGAAUAUGCCUGAAGUGGAUGCCUAUGGUUCUAUCCAGCCCCACACACUGAUUCGGCAGCAUAUUGAUUAUGGACACUGGUAUGACAGACAGAAGGCGACGCUUAAGGAAAUCCACAAUUGUCAGUACAUUGCCUGCAUGAACCCCAUGGUGGGUAGUUUUACCAUCAAUCCCCGACUGCAGAGACAUUUCACGGUGUUUACCUUCAACUUUCCCUCUGUGGAUGCUCUAAAUACCAUCUACAGCCAGAUCCUCAGCCUGCAUUUCCAACAACAAGCGUUUGAGCCUUCAGUUGUCAGGAGCAGUCCUACUUUAAUCCAGGCAGCAAUCAUGUUCCAUCAGAUGAUGACACAGAGCUUCUUACCCACAGCUGUUAAAUUCCACUACCUCUUUAACCUGAGAGACCUGUCAAAUGUAUUCCAGGGAAUUUUAUUUGCAUCCCCUGAAUGUUUGAAGGGUCCACAUGACUUAAUACGCUUGUGGCUUCAUGAAACUUGUCGUGUUUAUGGAGACAAGAUGGCAGACGCAAAGGAUUGUGAUUUGUUUCAGAAAAAACUGCUGGAAGCUGCUUGUAAAUGUUUUGAAGGUGUAGACCGUCAGACACUACUUCAACAACCCCUCAUUUACUGUCACUUGGCCAGCAGUGGAGGAGACCUCCAGUACCUGCCUGUGAGGGACUGGGAAGUGCUGAGGACAGUGCUCACAGAGAUGCUGGACAAAUACAAUGAGCUCAAUGCUGCCAUGCACCUGGUCUUAUUCGAAGAUGCCAUGCAACAUGUGUGUCGCAUCAGCCGAAUCCUGCGGGCCCCACAAGGCCAUGCACUGUUGAUCGGAGUGGGGGGCAGUGGCAAGCAGAGCCUGUCCCAGCUGGCGGCCUUCAUGUGUGGCCUGGAGGUCUUUCAGAUCACUCUGACUGAAGGCUUUGGAAUCCAGGAGCUGCGGGUAGAUCUUGCCAAUUUAUACAACAGAGCUGGAGCCAAGAACAUGCCCACCGUGUUCCUGCUGACAGAUGCCCAGGUUCUAGAUGAGAGCUUUCUCGUGCUGAUUAAUGACUUGCUGGCAUCAGGAGAAAUCCCAGAUCUGUUUAGUGAUGAAGAUAUGGAGAAGAUCAUUUCAGGAAUUCGCAAUGAAGUCCGUGGUCUGGGCCUGGUGGACUCCAGAGAAAACUGUUGGAAAUUUUUUUUGGCCAGGGUACAAUUACAACUCAAAAUCGUUCUCUGUUUCUCUCCGGUUGGCCACACGCUGAGAGCUAGAGCUCGGAAGUUCCCAGCCUUAGUGAACUGCACGGCUAUUGACUGGUUUCAUGCAUGGCCCCAGGAGGCACUAGUUUCAGUCAGCAGGAGGUUCAUUGAGGAAACCGACAGGAUUGAGCCACAGGAUAAGGAUUCCAUUAGCCUUUUCAUGGCACAUGUUCACACAAGCGUAAAUGAAAUGAGUGCCAGGUAUUACCAGAAUGAGAACAGAUACAACUAUACCACCCCAAAGAGUUUUCUUGGGCAAAUAUCACUAUUUAAGAAUCUACUGAAGAAGAAACAAAAGGAGGUCUCCCAGAAGAAAGAACACUUGGUGAAUGGCAUCCAGAAGCUAAAAACCACAGCCUCUCAGGUGGGGGAUCUGAAAGUCAAACUCGCCUCUCAAGAAGCCGAAUUGCAACUGAGAAAUCAGAACACAGAAUCUCUGAUCACAAAGAUCGGGCUUCAGACGGACAAAGUGAGUCGGGAAAAGGCCAUCGCAGAUGCCGAGGAGCGAAAGGUGAUAGCCAUUCAGGCUGAAGUAUCCCAGAAGCAGAGAGAGUGUGAGGAGAAUUUACUCAAGGCAGAGCCUGCCCUGGUGGCUGCUACAGCUGCGCUCAAUACACUCAACAGGGUCAAUCUCUCUGAGCUGAAAGCCUUUCCCAACCCUCCAAAUGCAGUCACCAAUGUUACAGCAGCUGUCAUGGUUCUUCUGGCACCCCGCGGCAGAGUGCCCAAAGAUAGAAGCUGGAAAGCAGCUAAAGUCUUCAUGGGGAAGGUCGAUGAUUUUUUACAAGCUUUAAUUAACUACGACAAAGAGCACAUUCCAGAGAACUGUCUGAAAGUGGUGAAUGAGCAGUAUUUGAGAGAUCCAGAGUUCAAUCCAAGCCUGAUUCGGACUAAAUCUUUUGCAGCUGCGGGUCUCUGUGCCUGGGUCAUCAAUAUCAUUAAAUUCUAUGAGGUGUACUGUGAUGUGGAGCCCAAACGGCAGGCAUUAGCCCAAGCUAAUUUAGACUUGAGUGCUGCUACAGAAAAACUGGAAGUGAUCAGGAAAAAGCUUGAGGAUCUAGAUCGAAAUCUCAGCAGACUCACAGCUUCUUUUGAAAAGGCAAUCGCCGAAAAAGUCCGGUGUCAGGAAGAAGUGAACCAAACCAACAGUACCGUUGAACUUGCAAACAGGCUUGUGAAGGAACUUGAGGCAAAGAAGAUUCGCUGGGGUCAGUCCAUUAAGUCCUUUGAAGCUCAAGAGAAGACACUCUGUGGAGAUGUUCUCCUUACGGCUGCAUUUGUGUCUUAUGUUGGAUCCUUUACAAAACAGUAUCGCCAGGAGCUGGUAGAAUGCAGUUGGGUUCCCUUUCUUCAAAGAAAGGUUUCCAUCCCAGUGACUGAAGGCCUGGACCUAAUUGCUAUGCUGACAGACGAUGUGGCCAUUGCAGCCUGGAAUAACGAAGGGCUGCCCAGUGACAGAAUGUCAAUCGAAAACGCCACUAUCCUGACACUCUGCGAGCGCUGGCCCCUCAUGAUCGAUCCCCAGCAACAGGGAAUCAAGUGGAUCAAGAAUAAGUAUGGAGCAAACCUGAAAGUCACGCAUUUGGGCCAGAAAGGGUUUUUGAAUGCUAUUGAAACUGCUUUGGCCUGUGGAGAUAUCAUCUUAAUUGAAAAUCUUGAUGAAAAUAUAGAUCCAGUCCUUGAUCCACUACUUGGCAGGAACACAAUUAAAAAGGGAAAGUUCAUCAAGAUUGGAGAUAGAGAAUGUGAAUUUAAUAAGGACUUUCAGCUUAUUCUUCACACAAAAUUAGCAAAUCCUCACUACAAGCCAGAAUUGCAGGCUCAGACGACCCUCCUCAAUUUCACGGUCACCGAAGAUGGUCUAGAAGCCCAGCUGCUGGCUGAGGUAGUCAGUGUUGAAAGGCCAGAUUUGGAAAAACUUAAGUUGGCAUUGACCAAACACCAGAAUGACUUUAAGAUUGAGCUGAAGUUCCUGGAGGAUGACCUCCUCUUGUGCCUCUCUGAAGCACAGGGAAGUUUCCUGGGUGACACCAAACUGGUAGAGAGACUGGAGAAGACCAAGACAACUGCAGCAGAAAUAGAGCGCAAGGUAAUUGAAGCUAAAGAAAACGAAAGAAAGAUCAACGAGGCCCGAGAAUGUUAUAGGCCAGUGGCAGCAAGAGCAUCUCUUCUUUACUUUGUCAUUAACGACCUCCAAAAAAUCAACCCCAUCUAUCAGUUCUCUUUGAAGUCUUUCAACAUGCUCUUCCAUAGAGCAAUUGAACAGGCCACCAAGGUGGAAGACAUGCAGGGGCGUAUCUCAGUCCUGAUGGAGAGCAUCACCUAUGCCACUUUCCUGCAUAUAAGCCAGGCACUGUUCGAGAAGGACAAGCUCACCUUCCUCUCCCAGAUGGCUUUUCAGAUUUUGUUGAGAAAGAAAGAGAUAGACCCUCUGGAAUUGGAUUUCCUGCUUCGGUUCACAGUGGACCACACUUACUUGAGUCCUGUUGAUUUCUUAACCCCUCAAUCAUGGAGUGCCAUUAAGGCUAUGGCCCUUAUGGAGGAAUUUCGAGGCAUAGACCGAGAUGUGGAGGGAUCUGCCAAGCAGUGGAGAAAAUGGGUUGAAUCUGAAUAUCCAGAAAAAGAAAAGUUACCGCAAGAAUGGAAGAAGAAAAGUUUAAUACAGAAGCUGAUCAUUUUGAGAGCUCUGCGCCCUGACAGAAUGACCUACGCCCUCAGGAAUUUUGUGGAGGAGAAACUGGGUGCAAAGUAUGUGGAAAGGACCAGAUUUGAUCUAGCUAAAGCAUUUGAAGAAAGCAGCCCAGCCACCCCCAUAUUCUUCAUCCUGUCCCCCGGUGUCAAUGCCCUAAAAGACCUUGAGAUCCUUGGCCAAAGACUCGGGUUUACAAUCGACUCUGGGAAAUUCCACAAUGUGUCUCUAGGCCAAGGUCAGGAGAGCGUGGUGGAAAUAGCCUUGGCCAAAGCUUCCCAGGAAGGUCAUUGGGUCAUGCUUCAAAAUGUCCAUUUGGUAGCCAAGUGGCUAGGAACCUUGGAGAAACUCCUGGAGAGAUUCAGUCACAACAGCCAUCAAGAUUAUAGGGUUUUCAUGAGUGCUGAGUCUACACCUACCCCAAAUGAAAACAUCAUCCCUCAAGGACUCCUAGAAAAUUCCAUUAAGAUCACUAACGAACCUCCUACAGGAAUGUUGGCCAAUUUGCAUGCUGCCCUCUACAACUUUGACCAGGAUACACUUGAUGGGUGCUCCAAAGAGCAGGAGUUUAAAAGUAUCCUCUUUUCUCUGUGCUAUUUCCAUGCCUGUGUUGCGGGGAGACUGAGGUUUGGUCCCCAGGGCUGGAGCCGAAGCUACCCCUUCAAUUCUGGAGACCUCACUAUCUGUGCCAGCGUGCUUUAUAACUACUUAGAGGCAAACCCAACGGUCCCCUGGGAGGAUCUCCGUUACCUCUUUGGUGAGAUCAUGUAUGGGGGGCACAUCACAGAUGACUGGGAUCGCAAACUAUGUCGAGUAUAUUUAGAAGAAUUCAUGAAUCCUUCUCUGAUUGAAGAUGAACUUAUGCUGGCACCGGGAUUUGCAGCUCCACCGAAUCUGGAUUAUAUGGGCUAUCACCGGUACAUUGAGGAAAAGCUUCCUCCAGAAAGCCCCACACUGUAUGGCCUGCACCCAAAUGCUGAAAUCGAAUUCCUGACUGUGAUGUCCAACACUCUCUUCCGGACUUUGCUGGAGAUGCAGCCCAGGAAUGCGCUCCACAGUGAGACCCUGGGGCAGUCCACAGAUGAAAAGGUUAAGAAUGUCUUAGAUGACAUUUUGGAGAAACUUCCAGAAGAAUUCAACAUGGCAGAAAUAAUGCAGAAAAACUCCAGGAGAAGUCCCUACAUUCUCGUGUGCUUCCAAGAAUGUGAGAGGAUGAAUAUGCUCCUUCGGGAAAUCCAAGUGUCGCUUCAACAAUUAGACCUGGGUUUAAAGGGGGAGCUCACCUUGUCUCCUGACCUGGAAGCCCAGCAGGCCUCACUGAGUUAUGACGAAGUCCCAAGCUGUUGGAGCAAAGUGGCGUAUCCAUCAACUUAUGGCCUGGCACAGUGGUUCGGUGACCUCCUCCUGCGGUGCCGACAACUGGAGUCCUGGACGCAAGACCUGGCGCUCCCGGCAGUGGUGUGGCUGUCUGGGUUCUUCAACCCUCAAUCCUUCUUAACAGCAAUCAUGCAGACCACGGCUCGGAAAAAUGAGUGGCCACUGGAUAGGAUGUGCUUGACUGUUGACGUUACUAAGAAGACAAAGGAAGAUUUUGGACACCCCCCAAGAGAAGGCGCAUACCUCCACGGGCUGCUCAUGGAAGGUGCCCAGUGGGACACGCAGACAUGCACCAUCACAGAUGCCCGCCUUAAGGAGCUGACAUCCGCCAUGCCAGUCCUCUUCACCAGAGCUGUCCCCGUGGACAGGCAGGAAACCAAGAACACCUAUGAGUGCCCCGUGUAUAAAACCAAAGCCAGGGGCCCCAACUACGUCUGGACCUUCAGGCUAAAGAGUAAAGAGAAGGUAGCCAAAUGGGUUCUGGCAGGUGUGGCACUGUUGCUGGAAGCCUGAGCUGAGACAUAUAAGGCGUUGGUGCAAUGA